CGAUCAGAACGGGGAACUCUCUUACAGACUUAAAGAGCCGUUCGAGUCUUGGCACUAGCUCUGCACUGUUUUCUCAACAUUUUGUUUCGUGAAGACUGCAAUAACCCAAGUAUUCAAGAUGUCGUCGAAUUUCUCUGCCGAUCCGGACUUCCAGUAUCUCUAUGUGGAUCGUAUGAAGGUCAUGAAGGAGAUGGAGGGGUUCGACGGUAAGAAGGCUUGCUGGGUCCCCGAUGAAAAGGAUGGCUUUACCCUCGGGGAAAUUGUCUCCUCCAAGGGCGAGGAAAUCACUGUCAAGAUAACGAAGAACAUGGAGAGCAAGUCAUUCAAGAAGGAUGACCUCCAGCAGGUCAACCCUCCCAAGUACCACAUGUGUGACGACAUGGCCAACAUGACCUACUUGAACGAGUCCUCUGUGUUGAACAACCUUCGACAGAGAUACUUCAAGGGAUUCAUCUACACCUACUCGGGCCUGUUCUGUGUGGCUGUGAACCCUUACCGCCGUCUGCCCAUCUACAUGGACUCGAUCAUCGAGAAGUACCGUGGCAAGAGGAGGAUGGAGAUGCCCCCUCACUUGUUUGCCGUGGCCGAUAACGCCUUCCAGAACAUGUUGCAGGAUCGUGAAAACCAGUCCGUCCUGAUUACUGGAGAGUCUGGUGCCGGAAAGACUGAGAACACGAAGAAGGUCAUCAUGUACUUCGCCAAGGUCGCCGCUGCCCAGCAGAAGGCCUCUGGGGAAGAGGCGGACAAAAAGAAGGGUUCCCUUGAAGAUCAGAUUGUCAUGGCUAACCCUGUACUUGAGGCUUACGGUAACGCCAAGACCACGAGGAACAACAACUCCUCUAGAUUCGGAAAGUUCAUCCGUAUCCACUUCGGCCCGUCUGGCAAGAUCGCCGGAGCUGACAUUGAGCACUACCUGCUUGAGAAGUCUCGUGUGACAUACCAGCAGACCGUGGAGAGAAACUACCACAUUUUCUACCAAAUUCUCACCAACGUCUUCCCCAAGUACCACGAGAUGUGCUUGGUGCAGCCUGACCCGGCCCUUUACUCCUUCAUCAACCAGGGUGUGCUCACCGUCGACGGUAUUGAUGACGUGGAGGAAAUGAAGAUCACCGAUGAAUCCUUCGACGUGCUCGGCUUCAGCCAGGACGAGAAGAACAGCAUGUACAAGUGCACAGCGUCCAUCUUGCACUUCGGUGAAAUGAAGUGGAAGCAGAACCCAAGAGAGGAACAGGCUGAGGCCGAUGGAACCACUGAGGCUGAAAAGUGUGCUUUCCUGCUCGGCGUCAACAGCGGUGACCUUCUUAAGGGCUUCCUGAAACCAAAGAUUAAGGUCGGUACCGAGUAUGUGACACAGGGUCGUAACAAGGAUCAAGUGACCUACUCCAUCAGCGCCAUGGCCAAGGCCGUCUUCGACAGAAUGUUCACAUGGCUGGUGAAGAGAGUCAACACAACUCUUGAUACCAAGGCCAAGAGAAACUACUACAUCGGUGUGCUUGAUAUUGCCGGUUUCGAAAUUUUUGACUACAACAGUUUUGAGCAACUGUGCAUUAACUACACGAACGAGAGGCUGCAACAGUUCUUCAACCACCACAUGUUUGUGCUGGAACAGGAGGAGUACAAGAAGGAAGGCAUCCAGUGGGAGUUCAUCGACUUCGGUAUGGACCUCCAGGCCUGUAUCGACUUGAUUGAAAAGCCAAUGGGUAUUCUGGCUAUCCUUGAAGAGGAGUGCAUGUUCCCCAAGGCUUCUGACAAGACCUUCGAGGACAAGCUGAAAACAAACCAUCUCGGCAAGUCCAAGGCCUUCGGCAAGGUCACCAAGAGCAGGAAGGGAGGUGGCAACGCCCACUUUGAGUUAGCUCACUACGCCGGUGCUGUACCAUACAGUAUUACCAACUGGCUUGAGAAGAACAAGGAUCCUCUCAACGAAACUGUUGUCGGAGUGCUCUCUGAGUCCAAGGAACCUCUGGUUAGCGUUCUCUUCGAGAAGCCCAAAGAGGAGGCUCCCGGCGGUGCUGGCAAGAAGAAGAAGUCCUCCGCUUUCCAGACCAUCUCGUCAACACACAAGGAGUCCCUGAACAAGCUGAUGAAGAACUUGUACACGACCCACCCUCACUUUGUGCGUUGUAUCAUCCCCAACGAGACAAAGACGCCCGGUGAUAUCGAUGCCGCCCUUGUACUGAACCAGCUCCAAUGUAAUGGUGUGCUUGAAGGCAUCCGUAUCUGCAGAAAGGGCUUCCCAAGCAGAGUUCUGUAUGCUGAGUUCAAGCAGAGAUACUCCAUCCUUGCUCCAAACGCCAUCGGUCAAGGCUUUGUUGAUGCGAAGGUGGCCUCCGAGAAGGUCCUUACAGCCAUCCAGCUGGAUCCCGCAGAGUACAAGAUCGGUAACACCAAGGUGUUUUUCAAGGCCGGUGUUAUGGGUAAUCUGGAAGACAUGCGUGAUGAAAAACUGUCCGGAAUCCUGCGUCUGUUCCAAGCUCACAUCAGAGGUUAUCUGAUCAGAAAACAAUACAAGAAGCUUCAGGAUCAGAGAACCGCCCUUGAGAGGAUCCAGAGGAACAUCAGAAAAUGGAUGCACUUGAGGAACUGGCAGUGGUGGAAACUGUACGUCAAGGUGAAGCCUCUGCUCAACGCUGCCCGCGCUGAGGAUGAGAUUAAGAAGAUGGAAGAGGAGUUCAAGAAGACAAAGGAAGAUCUUGCUAAGUGUGAGAAGAUUAAGAAAGAGCUUGAGGAGAGAUGCGUUGUCCUUGCACGAGAGAAGGAAAACAUGGCUCUUCAGCUAUCUGCUGAGGGUGACACUCUUGGCGACUUGGAAGAAACGGUUGAGAACCUUACGAAGCAGAAGUUUGAGAAUGAAGCCACAAUCAGGGAGUUCGAAGAGACCGUUACAGCCAUGGAAGAGGCCGCUGCACAGCUUGAAUCUCAGAAGGCUAAGCUGGAAGAUCAGGCAGUUCAGUUGAGGGAUAGUAUUUCUAAUCUUGAGGACUCUCUGAAGAAGGCUGAGCAAGACAAGCAGACUAAGGACAACCAGAUCAAAACUCUUCAGGAUGAAAUGGCCAACUCCGACGAGGCCAUUGGCAGACUCACCAAGGAAAAGAAGAACCUGGAGGAGACUGUCAAAAAGACCGAGGACUCACUCAAGGCCGAGGAAGACAAGGUCAACAACCUCAACAAGCUCAGGCAGAAACUCGAGGCUACCCUCGAUGAGAUGGAAGACAACCUUGAGCGUGAGAAGAAGGUCCGUGCCGAUGUUGAGAAGGCCAAGAAGAAGCUUGAAGGUGACCUGAGGGCAACCCAGGAAAAUGUUGAGGAGCUUGAGCGUGUCAAGUCCGAGAUGGAAGCAAACAUCAGAAAGAAGGAGACUGACAUGAAAGCUCUUCAGUCCAAACUUGAAGACGAACAGAGCCUUGUUGCACAGCUCCAGCGCAAGAUCAGGGAACUUCAGGCCCGCAUUGAGGAGUUGGAAGAAGAAUUGGAAAAUGAGAGGCAGAACAGGUCCAAGGUUGAGAAGCAGAGGAACGAGCUGUCCCGUGAGCUUGACGACCUAGCUGAGGCUCUUGAUGACCAGGGAGGCCAGACAGCGGCUCAGAUGGAGAUGAACAAGAAGCGGGAGGCCGAGAUCCAGAAGAUGCGCCGUGACCUCGAGGAACAGGCACUGCAGAGCGAGGCCACCAUCGCCGGCCUGAGGAAGAAGGCACAGGACUCCGCAAACGAGAUGGCCGACCAGAUCGACCAGCUCCAGAAGGUCAAACAGAGGGUUGAAAAGGAGAAAGCUCAAUUGAAAAACGAUAUCGCCGACCUCCAGGACCAGGUCGUUAACGCCUCAAAGAAGGGAGGUAUGUCGGAGAAAAUGAGCAAGCAGGUUGAGGCCCAGAUCUCAGACCUCAACACCCAGCUUGAGGAGAACCUCCGCAAUGUUCAGGAACUUAAUGCUGGAAAGGCCCGUCUGCAGGCUGAGAACGCUGAGCUGGCAAGGAACCUCGAGGAUGCUGAAGGCCGCUGCAACCAGCUGAACCGUGAACGUGGAAACCUCGUGUCUCAGUUGGAUGAGGCCAAACGCUCACUUGAGGAUGAGUCCAGGGCCCGCCAGAAGCUUGCCAAUGAGCUCAGGAAUCUGAUGGCUGAACUCGAUGCUCUUCGUGAGCAGCUUGAGGAGGAGUCUGACGCUAAAUCAGAGCUCCAGAGGCAGCUUUCCCGCGCCAAUGCCGACGCCCAGACCUGGAGAUCCAAGUACGAGUCCGAGGGAUUGGCCAAGGCUGAGGAGCUGGAAGAGGUCCGCAGGAAACUGUCAGCCAAGCUUUCAGAGGCAGAAGCAUCAUUGGACUCCGCUAACAACAAGGUCAACCAGCUCGAGAAGAGCAGAAACCGUCUGCAAAUGGAGCUUGAGGAUGCUGUUAUUGGCGCUGAUCGUGCAAACGCUAACGCCAAUUCUUUAGAGAAGAAGUGCAAGUCCUUCGACAAGGUUAUUGCCGACUGGCAGCUUAAGGUCCGUAGUAUCCAAUCAGAACUCGACAAUUCACAGAAAGAGUCCCGCAGCUACUCUGCCGAGUUAUUCCGUACCAAGGCCACUUUGGACGAGGUUCAGUCAACUGUUGAUUCUGUCAGGCGUGAAAACAGCAACCUCUCCGUCGAGAUCCAUGAACUCACGGAGCAGGUGAACGAAAGUGGCAGAAGUGUGCAUGAGGUUGAGAAGACCCGCCGACGCAUCGAGAUGGAGAAGCAGGAGCUGCAGGCCGCCCUCGAGGAGGCUGAAUCCACACUGGAGCAGGAGGAGGCCAAGGUCUCCCGCGCCCAGCUCGAGAUCAUGGGCAUCCGAUCAGAGAUCGACCGCAGGAUCGCCGAGAAGGAGGAAGAGUUCGAGAACACCAGACGCAACAACGCUCGCCAGAUAGAAUCCAUGCAAGCCUCUCUUGAAGCUGAGUCCAAGGCCAAGGCUGAAGCUCUCAGGAUACGCAAGAAGCUUGAAUCCGACAUCAACGAGCUUGAAGCUGCUCUUGAUGCCGCUAACCGUGCCCGCGCUGAGAUGGAGAAGAAUGCCAAACGCUUCCAAGAACAAGCAAGAGAAUUCCAGUCCGCAAUUGAUGACGAAAGGCGCAAGACAACAGAGGCUCUUGAAGCACUGCAGAUCUCUGAGCGCAGGGUGACAAUCAUACAGGUCGAGUGUGAAGAGAUCCGUAGCGCUUUGGAUUCCGCCGACAGGGCUCGCAAGGCGGCCGAGAAUGAGCUCGUUGAAGCUACCGAUCGUGUUAAUGAGCUGAGCUCUCAGAUUCAGAGCAUCGCCAGCGCGAAGAGGCGUGUUGAGGCUGACAUUACCGCUAUGGCUAACGAUUUGGAAGAAAUGAGCUCCGAGGUUCGUAGCUCUGAUGACCAGUGCAAGAAACUUACUCUUGACUCAAACCGUCUUGUCGACGAACUCCGCUCGGAAAAGGACCACUCUUCUUCAAUUGAAAAGAUGCGCCAUUCCCUUGAAUUACAGCUGAAGGAAACCCUUCUGCGUCUGGACGAAGCGGAAACAAAGGCUCUUAAGGGUGGUAAGGCUGCCCUCGCUAAGCUUGAGAGCAGGGUAACCGAAUUGGAGGCUGAGUUAGACAGCGAACAACGCCGCCAUGCGGAAACCCAGAAGAACGCUCGCAAGGCCGACCGCCGCCUCAAGGAGCUUGCCUUCCAGGUGGAUGAAGACCGCAAGAACCAGGAGCGUCUACAGGAACUCAUCGACAAACUCCAGGCCAAGAUCAAGACCUACAAGCGCAUGUCAGAGGAAGCCGAGGAAGUUGCCGCAAUCAACCUUGCCAAGUACCGAAAGGUGGCUGCCGAGCUGGAAAGCACUGAAGAGAGAGCCGACUCGGCUGAGAACAACCUGCAGAAGGUUCGCCUCGCCAACCGCGCCAUGUCCACUAGCGCUAUCGGCAGCGGCAGCAGCAGCUCCACUACUGUGAUCCGAAAGAAGACCAUUGUCUCCUCGGAGUCAUAAACGAUAUGAGCAAAGAGCGGUCUAGAGAGAAGAGAACCCCCUUCUUACCCGGACGUUCAAAGUCUUUCCCGCCUUUGAGGGUGAUGUAACGAUAGUAUGGAACUGACUUUAAAACAAAACAAUGUGACAGUGCUUUUUAAAAUGUGAUGAACGGUCAAACUUAUUCAUGAGACGCAAUUUUAUAAAUGAAUUGACACUUUUUCUGACAUUGAAAAACAAAAGCUAACAGCAUGUUAUUACUCUUGUGGAAAUAUUGAAUUGAAUUACAAUAGACACUACAUUUAUACGAAAACAGAUGCCAAGACUCAAAUAGUAUAUAUAAAAGACAAUAUCUCCACGACAAGUGAUAACAUGAAUACGCUAUAUAUGUAUUUAUUGAAGGUCAAUAUGUGUAAAAAACCGUCAACACUGUCUCCAUAUGAGUUCAAAUGGAUAUCUCCCCGGAAUAUUCAUUUUCAACUCCGUAAAUGAUCCCUCAUUGGUUUAUUUAUGUAUUGAUAAAUAUGUUACGAGUAUAUUAGAAAAUGACGCUUAGUUUGAUUAGAGUUCGGCUCACCUUAUUCAUUACUGUGGGGUUACGCCUGAGCUUUUAUGGACAAGUGGACUUUCCUGUUAAACUUAGUUCCAAUUUACCUCAGAAAUAAUAAAUAGAGGAAACCUUA